AUGAUCCCAAGGUGGCUGCUGCUCACAAUCAGCCUGCUGCUAUUCUGGGCCGGACCAGCAGCAGCAGGAAACGAGCCGAAAGUCGUGACCCAUAAGCUUAACGUCCCGCCUACAGAGCUCUUCUACUUUCACGGAACAAACACAAUCCUUUACCGAGACAGCAUCGACCUAACCGCCCAUGUGUCGUACGACGGCGGCGAGAAAUGGGAGGUGAUCAAGGGCAAAGAAGGGACGAUGGAAGGAUCGGCCUUGUUGAUCUGGAGACAUCCUUUCGAUAAUGAUCGCGCGUAUAUCAUUGGCAGGAAUGGAAAUCAUUGGAUUACCACUGACCAGGCGAAAUCCUGGAAACCGUUCCAGAUCGACACCGUGCCUUUCGCUUCGAUGCGCUCUUCCGUUCUCGAGUUCAAUGGCUUCGAUCCGCAAAAGGUCAUCUUCAUGGGUGCCGACUGCUCGCUGCCUUUUUGUCCACCGAGAGCGUUCUACACCGUCAAUGAUUUCCAGGACGUUGAGCCCCUGCGCGAUCUGACGCUCCAAUGUAUGUGGGCGGCUAGUCGUCCACAGUUUGGACUGGAUCUGGACUUGCGCAAGUCCGUCGGGGACCGGAUCAUGUGCGUUGUCCCUGGAUUGAAAGGACCGUUCGAUCAUAGCCUGACCGAGCGGUUGAUAUACUCGGACAACUAUUUCAAGGAAGACAAGAAUGGCGUCGAUGCGAAACUCGACCACGGAAAACCAUUGAGUGGUAUCAGCGUUCAGAUCCGGUCUGUGACGAAGUAUCUCGUUGCGCGUCUCCAGUCGCGCGGAACUCAAGAACAGGCGCUGUACAUCAGUGACGAUGCGACUGUGUGGCACCGAGCGGAAUUCGGAAAACAUCGAAUUGAGGAGGACGCGUAUACAUUGUUGGAAAGCACGAACUACAGUAUUGAGAUUGACGUUCAGACGACAAUGCAUGAUAAUCGGAUGGGAACGCUUUUCUCCUCCAAUUCAAAUGGCACCUAUUUCACGCAGAAUAUUGAGCACACGAAUCAGGAUUUGAAUGGUCUGGUUGACUUUGAGAGAGUCACGGGUAUUCAGGGCAUUACCAUUGUCAACACGGUUAAGAAUUGGGAGGAGGCUGCGAAGUCCGACUCUAAGGAGAAGAAGCUUGUUAGUAGUAUCAGCUUUGACGAUGGGCGAACCUUCCAAUCUCUCAAGGCUGAUAAAGAUGAACUGCACCUCCACUCGAUGACCACCUAUGUCGCGCUACGUGAGCUGCCCAUGCCUGAUCACCGGAUGUUCUCCAGUCCUGCCCCGGGGCUGGUCAUGGGUGUUGGCAAUAUCGGUGGUCAUUUGAAGGAAUACUCCGACGGCGACUUGUACGUCUCUGACAACGCGGGUCUCACCUGGCGUAAGGCACUGAAGGGCCCGCACCGGUACGAGUUUGGUGACCAAGGCGGUGUAAUUGUGGCCGUCGCUGAUGGCAGCAAGACAGACGAAGUCAAAUUCUCCAUUGAUCACGGCAAGGAAUGGGAGACAAUCAAGUUGAAGGACAAGAUUAGACCACUUUACGUGGUCUCGACGCCUGAUUCUACCAGUCUCAAAUUUCUGCUUGUUGGUAUCUCCAGCGAAGAUAAGAAAGUCAUCAUGUCAUUCAUUGAUUUCGAUGGAUUGCAUGAGCGCGAAUGUGGUUCAAACGAUCUCGAAGAAUGGACUGCACGGCUGGACGAGAAGGGCGAGGCGGAUUGUCUGAUGGGUCAGAAGCAAUACUUCCAUCGUCGCAAGGCAAACGCAGACUGUUUCAUCAAGAAGGAAUUUACCAUCGCCCCACCCGAGUUCAAGCCUUGCAAAUGCUCUACCGAGGACUUUGAAUGCGACUACAAUUUCGUUCGCAGCGAAGACCGCAAGGAGUGUGUUCCAGCCGUUACGUUGACUCCCCCGGCCGGCCAAUGCAAAGAGUCCACCGACAAAUACAUGGGGCCAUCUGGAUGGAGAUUGAUACCCGGCAACGCAUGUAUCCGCGAUGGAGGCGAAGAUCUUGAGAAACAGAUUGAGCGCUCGUGCUCAAACACCACUGGGUCGUUGCCUGUUGGCGAUGGCAAGCCUCGCGCUGGCAAAGUGAACACCAUCUCUGCCAAGAAAACGGUUUACUUCUACCUUGAGCGACAGGCCAGCAACACUGGAACCGAUGAGACAAUCCUCAUGCUCACUGACAAGGCGGAGCUAUAUAUCUCGCGCGACCAUGGUGUCAACUGGAAGCUUGCUGUCAAGGAUAAGAUUGUUGAGAUGGUUGAGCAUCCUUAUUUCAGCGAUGGUGCUUUCUUCCUGACUGAUAGCAAGAAAGUUUGGUACACCAUCAACCAUGGAGAUUCGUUCCACGAGUUCACUGCGCCCAGUUUGCCGAAUAAAGAGAACAUUCGGACUCUUGCUUUCCACGAGCAGUUGCAAGACUCACUCAUCUGGAUUGGUAACAAAGAUUGCGAUGGCAACAAUUGUCGGUCGGAGGCGUUUAUCACCGACAAGCGAGGUGCCAGCUGGGACCCGAUGCUUAUUGGAGUUGGUGAUUGUACUUUUGCUGCGCACGAGGGUCGCAACAACAGCGAGAAGUUGGUCAUCUGUGAGCAGUACAAGGGUGAGGAAAAGAAGAACGAUCGGCAACUGGUAUUCAGUGAUGAUAAGUUCUCUACCAAGGAGACUCCUUUCGAGAACAUCGCCCAUUACGGCACGAAGAAUGACUUCAUUGUUGUGGCUUGGUACGGUGAUUCAGACAAGAAGUACCUGAACGCCAGUGUCAGUAUCGACGGGCGCACGUAUGCGGAUGCCCACUUCCCAUUUAACAUCAAUGUUCCCUCGUACACUAUUUUGCAGAGUUCCCCGCACGCACUGUUCCUCCUCGUGGAGGUCAACAUUGGAGAAGGACGCAGCUUCGGGUCACUCGUCAAGUCUAACAGCAACGGCACGUACUUUGUGCAGAGCCUGGAAGCCGUAAACGUUAACGACCGCGGCAAUGCCGACUUUGAUAGAAUGGAAGGUCUGGAAGGUGUCCUCGUCGCCAACAUCGUUUCCAACGCAAACGAAGUUCAAACCAAGGGCACAAGCAAGAAGCUACGCACCAUGAUCACGCAUAACGAUGGAGGUCAAUGGAUGCUCCUCGCGCCUCCGGCCCAAGACGUGGACGGCAAGAAAUUCGACUGCUCUGUGACAGAAGGCAAGGGUACCGAGAAAUGCGCCCUUCAUUUACACGGCUAUACCGAACGUCGCGACUACCGCGAUACACUAUAUUCCGGUUCAGCGAUAGGCCUGAUGCUCGCUCUCGGCAAUGUGGGAUCCAACCUUGGCCCCGCCGCCGAAGCAGACACCUUCCUCACCAAGGAUGGCGGCAUCUCCUGGACACAGGUCAAGAAAGGACAGUAUAUGUGGGAAUACGGUGCCGCAGGUUCGGUCAUUGUCCUCGUCGCCGACCGUAAAGCCACCAAGGUCGUGCACUACACUCUCGACGAGGGCGCAACCUGGAAUGAGUUCCAAUUUUCCGAGAAGGAUCUCGUUAUCGACGACAUCUCCACCGUGCCAUCCGAUACCUCGAAGAGCUUCCUGCUCUGGGGUAUGGACGGUGGCAAGCGUAUUACUAUCCCAUUGGAUUUCAGCGGAAUUUGGAGUCGCGAUUGCAACGACGAUGAAACCGAUUACUACGAAUGGACACCCAGACACCCACUCCAAGAAGAGAACUGUCUCUUCGGUCACGUCGAGCAAUACCAUCGCAAGAAACCCACUGCCGAAUGCUGGAAUUCCUGGCGCGAGCCGCAUAUCCACAACAUUGGUCGUAACUGCACGUGUACACGGGCCGAUUUCGAAUGCGACUACAACUACGAAAUCCAAAGCGACGGAAGCUGCGGUCUCGUCCCGGGCCUCCCAAAGCCAAACCACCAAACCCAAUGCACCGCUGACCCGGAGAAAAUUGAAUACUGGGAGCCAACCGGUUACCGCAGAAUCCCACAAACAACCUGCGAAGGCGGCUUACUCCUCGACCAGGACGUGUCGCACCCGUGCCCGAACAAAGAAGAGGAAUAUAACAAAAAGCACGGCAUCAGCGGUGCUGGCCUCUUUUUCGCGAUUGUGAUACCGAUCCUCGUUGCAGUCGCAGUGGGCUGGUACGCGUACACGCACUGGGACGGAAAAUUCGGACAGAUCCGACUGGGCGAGGGCGUUUCAACGAGUGGUGGACGAGACAUCUUUGCCAUUCCUGUUGCUAUUAUUGCGGGUGUUGUUGCUGUUGGGCAGUCGUUACCGCUUUUGGGGAGUAGUGUUUUGAGGAGUCUUGGUGGAUUGUUCAAGAGAGGCCAGCGACCUUAUUCAACCAGAGGAUCGUUUGCUGCAAGACGCGGUGAUUAUUCUCAUGUGGUCGAUGAUGAGGAUGAGUUGCUUGGGACUGACGAUUUCGAUGAUGAGGAGGAGGCUUAA